AUGUCACCCCCAGCCAGGGAGGUCGAGGUUGAAUCAGAGAGGGACACGGUCCCUACGGACGUGGAUGCUGUCCUCGCGGUUGCAAGGGUAAAUUAUGAGUCAAAUCUAUCAUCCAAAUUGAGCGGUUCAUCUAUUGCAAGCAAGCAGGGCAAGGUCCUCUUUAUUCCAAAGGGACGCAUCAGCGAUGAAAUGCUGUUUGAAGUCAUUGCGCUGAUGAGUACGGCUGUCGGCAUGCAUGCUAAGCGUGUGAUUAGUGGCUUCGAAAGAAUGAAGAGUCAGACGCUCAUGACGACACGGUUGGCUAACAUGACAGACGACACUCGUGCACUGUCAGACGAAAUGGAGUGGUCACCCGAAGUUUCUUCGCCUCCAGUCUCUCUGUUUGAGACGGAUCCAGGGUCCCCGUCCGACGCUACGGAGGUACUCGACUUUGAGGGGGAUGAGGCCCCAAGCGACUCUGACAGUGCUCAGGAGGUCGCGUCUACGCCUGAUUUGGCCUCUUCAUAUGCCUCUAAUGCCACCAGCGCCGCCAGUACUGCACCUCCUUCGACGCCUGGCUCGCCCACAUACUAUCCCGCCCCAGUGUCGUCCAACGGUACCGGGACCCCGCCACCUGGGACACCCCCCACCGGUAGCCUUUCACCAGCUUCAGAGGCGUCGAGUGAGGACGACCUAGAGGAAUUUGAAGAAGACGUAGUCGGAGCCAUUCAUAGGCUCUCCGCCAUGACCAAUGCGGCUUCCGAGGACUAA